AUGAUUUGCAAAGAUGAAAUAUUCUAUAAUGAGGCAAAAAAAGAAUUAAGUAAAAAAAUGGAACUUAGGCAUGUUUCUGAUAAUAUUCUAAAAGCCUUAUGUUAUGUAUAUAGAAAGAGUUCUAAACAGUACUUUGAUGACACUAUUUGUAACUUUUUGUACUUUUGGUUAGGCGAUAUAUUAUUAGAAAAAUUAAUAAACAAACAUUUCUUUUCAGAAAUUAUUCUUAAUCUUUUCAAUACCUUAAUAUAUAAGAACGCCAAGAUUUGCACAGCUCCUCAUUAUUAUAUUCAUGAAGAUGAUUUUAAAAAUAUUAAAUUAUUUUUUGAUAUUUCUGAGGAUUACAAAAUAUAUAAAUCACAACUUUAUAAUAAUAUGUAUUGUAAUAAGAAUUAUAUGUCUUACUUGGACACACAUGUACAAAAUUAUAAAAAAUUUCACACUGAGUGCGAAGUAGAAUCAUAUGGUACUCAUGAAAAACGAUAUUGUAAAUAUUUUAAGGAAUAUUUUCCAAAAGAGGAGCACAAUACUUUAUCUAACUUGAAGUGUUAUUCAAAAGAAGAUGCGUCUCAAAGUGGUCAAUUAAAUGAACCUAUGGAAAGAGUACAGAAAGAACAACUAUCAGUAAUCCCUGUAGUGGAAUCACAGGAAUCGUUAUCACAUCCAGAUUCUGCAAGUAGAGUAUCAUCUAGAGAACAAUAUUAUAAACCAUCAGAAAUUCGUUUAAAUACGAGUGGUUAUGAAUUAGAUAAUAUUUUAGAUCCUUCAGAUGGUUCUUCCACUUCUAUAGCAUCUAAAAGUAUAACUGGUGCUGUCUCAGUUGCUGGAAUUUUGGUCCCUUCUUAUCUUAUGUACAAUUAUACGUAUGCUGGAACUUGGAUAAACAAAGUAUUAGGAAGGAAAACAAGAACAAAUUUUAAUCCGUACACAGAUCAGUAUUUAAUGGCAAAUUUUUCGGGACUUGAAAAUUUCAAUUCAGAGAGAAG